CGUGCCGCGCAUCGCCAUGCAACUUUGAGACGCCCCCCAUACGCGCACUCGUGCUUGAAAGUUGACUUUUGAUUGUUCCCCGUCGUCCAUGUGGACCAAUUGCGACUGAGGGUCGGGUCCAGCGGUAACCAAACCGAGAAAGGAGCGUUGCGGUCAGCUAGUGCAUUUGGCAAGCAACGUUACGCGCAACCAUUAUGACCAAGCGCAAAGGAAAAAGUUACAACAAACUGGACGACAGUUUGGUACUUUUGGAGCCGUCUGUUGCGCAACCGAGAGCACUUAAAGAAUAUGCCGUUCCUGCUGCUCUUUUCUUUAUUUUUGUUGUCGGUGGAUCAACAGCAGUUUGGUUCUGCAGUCAGCAACAGCAAACCAUCGACAGCCUUACGGAGUCGCUCAAUGCAAUGCAGCUUAGGAUAACCAAGUUCCAACAGCAGUUGGGGAUUGGAAAUGCUCAGAGCACCAGUGUGGGUGUUUUUGAGGAGCGCCUACAAGCACUGGAAGAGGCUUACACACGAGCUCAAGAAAAGGCAGAGGUCGCCCUGGCCACCUCGGAAAAAAUCCAAUCCACAGAUCUUAACAGUCAAGUGUGGGGUCUUCAGUCGGAAAUGAACGCCAAACUUUCUGAACUCCAGCAGACGACGGUUUCCACUGCGACUCUGAAUGCCGUGCUCAAGAAUAAGACUGAAGAAUUGGAGAAACUGAAGCAAAGGAUUAAGUCUGUCCUCAGUGCUAACUCCGAAGUAGCGGUUAGCAUUUCUGGGCUAACAGACACUGUUUUAAUCACCACAUCACGUCUUGAUGAGCAGAUAUCCGCCGUGGAGAGUCUCACCUCUCGGUUGGAGCUGCAGAAAACGGAGCUUGUUAGCCUGAAGGAGUCUUUUGCAGACAACCAGAAGGCUUUGGAAAGAAACAGACAGGAAGUGAUUGACGUCAAGGACCUGCUGGAGAUGGAACAAAUUAGAAGAACCCAAGCACUGGAGGAUCAGCUUAUGUCUGUCCGUAGAAGUCUGGAGGACCAUCAAAAGAGCACUCAUAGCCUUCACUCGCACCUUGCUGCUCAGCUUGAGAUCGUCCAGAGCCAGAUGUCAUCUCAAAGCCAGCAAUCUAAUCCUGCAGAGGAAGUGAUUCAAAUAAAGGAGCACCAUGCAGCAACAGAGGAAGAGCUGGUUAAUGAAGAUGAGAAUCAGACCAUAGCUAAAGAGGACGCAAAUGCUGGGGAUGUUCAUGUUGUAGAGGAAGAAGCUGUAGAAGAGCAUGUGAAAACUAAGAAGGAAGAACUUGCUGAGGAAGGCGUUGAAGAGCAAGCUGAGGAGGAUGAAAUGGCUGAGGAACAGAAUAAGGAAGAUGUUUCUGAAGACCAAGUUGUAACUGAUGAGAAUGAACAAGCUGAUGAGAUCCAGGUCAAGGAAGAUGUUACUAAAGUAACUGGGCAUGAGGAAAUACCUGAGGAGCUGGAGGUCAGAGAUGAUGUUGUUGAGGACCAGAUGGUAUCUGAGGAGGAGGAACCAGCUGAGGAAGUAGAGUUAAAAGAAAAUGCUGAAGACCAGGUGGGCUCUGAGAAGGAAGAACCAGCUGAGGACCUUCAGGUCCAGGGGGAGGAAAAUGUCAAAGAUCAUUCAGUGAUUGAAGAUGAUGUUAUACCCAAGGAAGAUCAGGUAAAGGAUGGAGAUGUUACUGAGAAGCAGGAUGCAACUGAGGAGGAUGAAGUACCUGAUGAGCGUGGAGAAGAAGCUGAUGAAAAGCGAACAGAAAAGGUGUAUGCAAAGGAGGACCUGACAACCACAGAAGAACCAGAAAGCAACAGAGAUGUGAAUGCUGCUGUUGGGAAUCCAUCAGAAGAUCAAUUAGUAGGAGAUAACACCCAAGAGGAGAGUCGGCAAGAUUCAUUUGAAGAACCAGUGGAAGAAAUUGGAGAGCAGAUAGACUUAGAAAAAUUGGAACAUGUGUAUGACUCUGAGGAGGAAGAGGAAGAACCUGCUGAGGAGCUUGUGGAAGAGCUAGAUGAAUAAGACAUUUUAACCAACGUUGCUUGAGUUACUAUGAGGAUAUGGGUUGAAAAUAAGACUUUUCUUGAGGACUUAAAGGAGGUUUCCCCACAGAAUUAUGUGAAACAUGACUGCCUCACACUUGCUAUAAUGUUCCUCAGUCUUACGUCAACGUGAACUUUUGAAUCUAGCGAAGAUUUUCAGAUUUACUGAAGAAUUUGUUUUUCAAGUGCAUUCUCUGCAAAUGGUGAAUUUCUCUGUUUACACAGAAAUGUAAAAAGAUUGAUGUUGUUGCACUGGGCUAUGCAUUAAACAGAUUGUAGCAUUUUUCAUACCGUGGUCUGCCAGCUGAAUAACCUCAGGAGUGUCUCUUGAAUAAAAUGCUUUUUAUGGUUUUUUUUUACUACUUCA